CGGCGGCGGCUGCAGCAGGUUCCCCCCCGGCCGCCAUGGCCCUGACGGCCGAGACCGAGUCCCGGUUGUACCGGUCUCUACGGGCCGCCGCGGGCGCCGCCGCGCACCUCGUGGCGCUGGGCUUCCCUACCGGCGUGGCCGUGCUGGCGAGGCCCGGAUCCAGCCUCUUCUCCUGGCACCCGCUGCUCAUGGCCCUCGCGGUAAGUCCGCCGUCCGGUUACCGGCCCCGCUGCUCCCUGCCCAUGGGCACAUCCCCCGGCACGGAGGCUGAGCCCACAUCUGCCUUGGUGGGUGGUGGGAGGCUGAGCCCUGGGAGACGCCGACCCCUGCCCUCUGUGUCCCAGUUCUCGUUCCUGAUGACGGAAGCGCUGCUGAUGUUCUCCCCGGAGACCUCGGUGCUCCGCUCCUUCUCCCGCAAGGUCAAGGUGCGGGCGCACUGGGCCCUGCAGCUGCUCGCCCUCGUCUGCGCGCUGCUGGGGCUGGGCAUCAUCACCUACAACAAGCACCUGAACGGCAAGGCGCACUUCGUGACCUGGCACGGGCUGACGGGGCUGCUGACCGUGCUGUACACCGGCGGGCAGUGCGCGGGGGGUGUGCUCCUGCUCUACCCCAAGCUCCUCAAGAACUGGACGCUGGCCAAGCUCAAGCUGUACCAUGCGACCUCGGGGCUGGUGGGCUACCUGCUGGGCUGUGCCAGCCUGAUGCUGGGCAUGUGCUCCCUGUGGUUCACCACCUCAGUGACCAGCGUCUCCUGGUACCUGGCCAUGCUGUGUCCCCUUCUCACCAGCCUGGUCAUCAUGAACCAGGUGAGCAACGCUUACCUGUACCGCAAACGGAGCCAGCACUGAGGGCCUGACACAGCUGAACUUCCCCUGUGUGAGCCAGCAAGGUCAGGGCUCCCCCUCGCACCCCCCGUGGGGGUCCCCUGCUCUCAUAGGGUCUCCUCAGAUCUCGAUUUCUGCCUACUCGUCUCCUGUCCUGGAUCAUCUGUAGUGUCUUGUCCCCAGGGAGCAGCUACAACGUGCAUGACACCAAGCAGGCAGGAGCUGCCCUCCUCAUGCCUGCCUUGGUGAGGAUGCUUCCCAACACAAAUGAAGCUGCUGGUCCCUGUGGCAGCUUGGUGCUCACUUCUGGGAACUGUAGGAUUCACUCAGGAUUCGUGCUCCUGUUCCCUUCCUACCCAGGGCUGCUUUGGAGCAGGCAGGACAUGAGCCGUUGUGUGCUGGUGAGGAGGGCAGGGAGUCCCUGCUCAUGCAGGGGGCUGCAGGGGCACCACACUGCCUCUCCUGCCAUGGGGGCAGCUUGGCUAGUAAAAGCACAGGUACAGUUGUGGCUUCAGCCACAGGAAGGCUGAAGCAAAGUGGCAGUGCCCAUGCCAGAUGCAAUGGACAGCAGCAUUGUCCAACCCCACAGCACAGCCCCACACAGGGACUUGGGAGCUCCCCAGGACCGGUGCAGUAAGCCCAGCCUGGCAGCUACAGAUCCACGCACAAGUCCUUCCUGCAGGCUGGGAAAGCAAAGCUUCAACCUGUCAGGAAGUGGAGUCAUUACAUAAAGCAAAUUCCCAUGCCAGGCUGCAAAGGAGCAGGUUUGUCCCUCUGAGGGGCACAGGGAACAGUGGGAGCAUGGGGGAGCAGGGCUCAGCACAGACCUGGGGACAAGCCCUGGAGCCAGCCUACAAAACAGGCCCCAGGAAGGCAGAAAGGAACAUCCUCCCCUUGCCAGCACAGCAGCCUGCCUUCAGCCCACCCGACAUUGGGGAUCCUUCUGCUCCUCAGCACGUACCCUGCUCCCAGCAGGGCUGGAGAGCUGGGAGCAGCGCCCAGGCUGGAACAUUCCUCUGUAUCCAGAGCUUUUAUUCAAUAAAGAUUUCAGGCAGCUACA